AUGGAAACCGGACUGGUCUCAACUCCAAGCGUAAUUGCUAGGAAUGGGACAGGGUACGAGAUGUUGACCUUCAAUGAUCAGACAACUCCAAACGGCGUUGCCAAUGUGGAAUUGGCGAUCCAAGAACAGAUCGCAAUGGCUAGGAAUGAUACCAACCAGUUGCACAGCCUUAUUGAUCGGAUCAAGGCCAAAGUUCGAGAUGCAGAGCUCUUUCAAAUGUCCAAAGGGGUGCCAUCCUUGCGAAACGGAGGCGUCAAUUUAACAAGUCAUGUAACCCUCAAUGGGCAUAACAACAAGAUAUCAGAUUUUUCAUGGUCUUUGGACUCGAGAAGUAUUCUGAGUGCGAGCCAAGAUGGUUUCAUGAUAAUAUGGGACGCAGCAUCUGGCUUUAAAAAAAAUGCUAUACCGCUUGACUCCCAGUGGGUUCUCACCUGUGCUAUUAGCCCAACAGGGAAUCUUGUUGCCAGUGGUGGUUUGACUAAUAACUGCACGGUGUACCGGGUUUCACAAGAAAAUCGAGUUCAGCAACAGAUUGUAUCCAUAUUCAAGGGACACACCUGUUACGUGUCGCAAGUGGAGUUUCUGGACAAUGAGAAGAUUGUCACGGCAAGCGGAGAUAUGACAUGUGCCCUUUGGGACAUUCCAAAGGCCAAAAGGGUAAGUGAAUUUUCCGAUCAUUUGGGAGAUGUACUCUCGUUGGCGUUGGCACCUGAAGCAUCUCAUAGAUACAGGCAGGUAUUCGUCAGUGGGGGUUCAGAUGGGUAUGCUCAUGUUUGGGACACCAGGACUCGUUCCGCAGUUCAAAGCUUCUUCGUUAGCGAUAGCGAUGUUAGUACCAUCAAGUUUUUCAAUAAUGGAGAUGCCAUUAUUACAGGAACAGACGACGGUAUUGCUCGUAUGUUUGACUUGCGUAGCGACUGUUUAGUGGCGAAGUAUUCUUUGAGUCAAGGUUUGCAUCAACAGGUAAGUACCCCUACGCAGCAGUAUGGGGCUGCCUCGAUGGAGUAUGCCAUUUCUCCAGUAACAAAUGCCUCUCUCACCAAAGCGGCUCGAAGUGCAAAUUCAACUUAUCUAAACAAUCAGGGUCUAGUGUCUUUAGAUUUCAGCGGCUCUGGCCGUUUAAUGCAUGCAUGUUACACAGACUACGGAUGUGUUACGUGGGAUACACUCAAGGCCGAGAUUGUAGGAAAGUUAGAAGGACACUCGAGUCGUAUUUCAGGCGUUAAAACUAGCCCCGAUGGGUUGGCUGUAUGUACCGGAUCUUGGGAUGCCACUUUAAAGCUAUGGUCCCCAGCAUAUGUGUAG